GUCUAAUAAGUAUUUGUAUCACACAGCGAAGGUAACACACAAAAACAUUAUUUUCUAAAAGCUAAAACAAACAAUUUAAAUACAGUUAGGCUCACUGUAAAAGGAAACUUACCGUAACGUCCGUAGUCCGUAAGUAGGACGUAAGCAAAAAAGGCAUUCUGGCGAUUUGUGGCUUAUUCCAACAUGAAAUUACGUAUUCUGUAGCAAAGUAAACAUUAAAUCAGAUGGGCAAAAAGAAAGGUAACCAGAGUGGAGCACAUCUGCAAAAGAAAGAUGUUUACCAGCGUCUGAAUUAUUUGUACCAGGCUGCACACUUUGCUAUCAGCAUGCAACCGAUGAACAAAGAGCUUUCGAAAUAUUACACUCGCACAAUGAAAACACUGGCCCAAAAAAACGUUGUUCGAUUACAUCCACAUGUGAAGCGCACAAUAUGUAAACACUGUGACUUACUGCUUAUACCUGGUGUUACAUGCACAUCUAGGAACAAAGGAAAACCAAAGCAGACUGUUGUGACUUGCCAGGGUUGUGGCACUUUCAGAAGAUACUUGCUCAACAUAGACAGCAAACUGUGGCACGACAAGCCGGAAAACAUUGCAAAUGUUGUGAUGUGCAAUAAAAGUUGAUACUGUACCAUGGGCACUAAACCUGGGGUGCCAGGGAAGGCAGUUCUAAGCCAGAAUUUUGUGCACUGCAUUAAUUAGUAAACAUUACAACCUAUGAUAUAUUUUUCCAGAAAAUGCAUGUCUUAACUAAACCUGGCUUCUGUUCAUUUAAAUAAACUUUGUAUGCAACACUUUUUUAUGCUAUUGUGUUUGUCUUUUA